AGAAGCGCUUCUUCACAUUCUUGCUUUUCUUUCCAUACACUCGCUCAACUGUUGAGUUUCAGGCAACGGUCUUACAGUUCCUCCUCUGACAUUCCGUCGUCCAUUCUUUUGUCAAAUUUAACAUGCAGUCCUUCCUUACAAUUGCCCUGUUGGGCCUGGCUUCCAUCUCCCAUGCCGUCCCUAUGCCCGCUCCAGCUGCGCUUACCGCCGAUAUCAUUGACACCAACGCCAAUAACCUCGAGACCCGAGCCGUGGCGAAGAAGCGUGGUCUUGCAUUCAAUGAUCCAAAAGUUACCAAGCUGUUCAAAACAGGAAACUCCAAGGUCUCCUGGAUGUACAAUUGGGCUAGCUCAACUUCCGGUGCCGCGAACUUAGAAUUUGUCCCUAUGCUUUGGGGCAAGGAUGCAGACCACACAAGCAAGUGGGCUGCUGACGUGGAGAAAUAUGUCAAUGCUGGGACAACGCAUGCCAUGAGCUUUAACGAACCCGAUCAAUGCGGAGCCGGAAAAGGAGGAGCAUGCAUGCAAGACGUCGCUGGAACCAUCGCAGCAUAUAAGAAAUGGAUGCAGCCUCUUUCCAAAUAUGGCGACAAGCUCAAACUCGGCGCCCCAGCCGUUACCAACGGCGUCAAAGACGCAACGACUGGUUCAAUCAUGGGCUUGCCAUGGCUGAAACAAUUCUUGGCAGGUUGCACUGGCUGCAAAAUUGACUUCAUUGCUAUUCACUGGUAUGACUCCGCUACAAAUAUUGCAUACUUUAAGAAGCACGUGCAAGACGCCCACGCGGCUGGAGGCAACCGUCCCGUCUGGAUCACAGAGUUCGCACCAAGUGGAAGUGACGCCCAAAUCCAGAACUUCUUGAAACAGGUUCUUCCUUGGCUGGAUAGCCAGGACUACGUUACGCAUUAUGCAUAUCAGUGGGCUGCACCAGGCGUUCUUGUCAACGGUGCUGGCAAUGGACUAUCAGCCAUUGGAAAUAUUUUCAACUCUUUCUAA